CGAAUGCUUUGCCACACGGGCGCAUGUUGUUGUUGUAGAAAAGGUUGAGAAGUAAGCUUGACCUUGCUUCACGCCAAAAAUCAUUUCUCCUCAUUUUUCCCUUUUUUCCUCUCCAGAAAAUGCUCAGUGCUAGCACUAUAGACUAAUCUAGCUCCUGGUUUUUGCUUUUUGUAGGUCUCACUUCAGGAUAAUCAUUAUGUUUCGACUUUGCGUCGUGGGAAGUGGAGGAGUUGGGAAAAGUUCGGUCACGAUACGCUACUUGAAGAACGAGUUCACUGAGUAUUAUGACCCAACUUUAGAGGAAACUUACAGAGCAAAGAUUGACUAUGCUGGCAAAUUAUACAACAUUGAGAUAGUCGACACAGCUGGUCAAGAAGAGUUCAGCUCAUUCCGUGAUUCAUCGCUCGCAACAGGAGACGCUUUCUUAGUCUUGUUCGCAAUUAACUCUGCAUCAAGUUGGCAUGAACUGAAAGAACUGCGUACGAAAAUUAUCGACGAACAUGAGUCCAAGAAUAACUGUACUAUUCCCAUGGUUAUCGUGGCCAACAAAGUGGAUUUAGAAGAUGAAAGAGAAACGCAAAAAGAUGAAGUGAUGGAAUAUUGUAACUCUUUGGGUACACCCUUUAUAGAAACAUCUGCAAAGACUGGCCUAAAUAUCCAAGAAUGUUUCCAAUUAAUGAUGAGGCAAAUUCAACGAAUCCAACCUUCAUUAUUAGAAAGGACAGUGCCAAUCAAUUAUGCAGAGAACGACAAGAAGAAAGAUUGUUCAAUACUUUAAAUAAUUAUUGCACUAUACGAAGUGCGUAUGCAAAGAAAGACACUGCCCUAUAGUUAUUAUUGCAUUGCGUCAUCCAUGAUAUGGAAGAUUGAACUGUUAUUACUGUUGAAGGUCGUUAAUGUUGUUUUGCACAAAUGAGAAAACGAUUCCCUAAUGGAGCUGGCAAGAAUUUGAAUUAAGCAUAAUUUGAUAUAACAGGGACUAUAUAUAGACCUAUUUACCUCRGGCGUAAUGAUUCCUCGUUUCACACCAUGUCUCAUUCCCUUGUAUAUUAUUUCUUUAAUUAAUUUAAUGUAACAGUUGAGCAUUAGAAAAAACAUGAAUGUAGAUACAACUCAAACAAAGAAAUGAUUUUCAAGAGAUUGUCAAUAUUUGGUUUGAAAUGGGAAACCAUUUACACCUAAGGUAAAAGGGUCUGCAGUUAGCUUGUUAUAACAGCAUCAUUUUUGGRAAAAAACCCAAUUCAACCAUGAAUUAAAAAGUAGUUUUUCAAAUCCUCAGCAAGAGUGUUCAAUACAGUCUCUAGUUUCUACAACCAUAAAUAAUCAUGUGUAAAUGAAGGGCAAAAAUAGAGAAAAUUGUGCAGUUUGUUUAUAUAAAAAUGUAAUCAUACUAAUGUGAACUGGUGCUGGAAUGUUUUUACUAGUCAAGACACAAGGAAAGUGUUAACGUUCCAGAGUAUGGAAGAAAGUCUGCAAAGCAYUUUGGUAGUGAUAGUCAAAUAAUGCCCUUGUGCAAACUGCCUGUUAGGCAUGCCUUAAGAGUCACGUUUAUGUGAUCUUAAUCACCUAAGAGUGGAGCAUAAAUUAUGGCUUUCAUCGUAAUUGUAAUUAAUUAAUGACGGUCAAAAAUUUGAUCAAUAUGGGCCACUUACRUAUCUUUUAAAAUAUGUAAAAUUUUCAAAAUUCGUUGCGAAAAUAUGGCCUUGUGUUUUCUAUUUUUGUAAGUUAAGCUUGAAAUCUGAGUUUAUUUAAUUGCAGGGGGUGACAUAAAAUGGAGAAAAAUUUAGAAAAACUUUAUAGGUUUGGUAUUAAAUGARCGAUAGAGUGCAAACAGUUAAUCCGUGAAACACUAAUUACUAUUUUGUACAAAAUAAUGCUAAUUAAACAAUAGAAGACAAAGGAUAUUGUACAAAUUAGUGGAAUUUAGUAUUACUWAAGUUUCACGGUUUUACUGUUUGCACUCUUUAGGGAAUCAAGCUUAUACAAAAUAUUCAGACAGCUAUAGUUUUUUUGAAAGAUUACGUGAUUGUAGAAUGUUUGGAGGUCAAAGGUCAAGAUAGUUGGUUGGGCUAGUCUGUUGUUUUUGGAAAAGUAAUAAAGAUUCUUAAUAGUUUUGAA